UUAUAUUGACUGUAGCAAGACUGUAAGAUUGCGCUGUACUGAAGUUAGGUGGUGUUGAUUCAUAUAGAUCAACAGUUCAUUGUAAAGUAGUCUAGAGGCCACCGUAUAAAUAGAUGCCAACGACAGCGUUUCUGCGUGAAAGUAUUGCCUUCGUCCAUCCUUAUUCCCUGGGUCACAAAGCGUACAAUGGAUACCGAGACGGAGUUCGACACGUCAAUGUCUACUACUACUGAUGGUGCAUGCGAUCUUUGUGGCUGCUUGAAAGAUGUAACCACUUCACCACCGAUUCCCAAUUCAGUCCACGAGUUCAGACUGGCCACGCAGGCUAUACAGCAACUCUGUCAACACGUAACGCAAAUGACAUCGUCUAUGGAUCGGGGUCCAGUGUCAACAAGCUUUGACAGAGAGGGCGACAAAGCCAAACUCAGGGCUCUGGAGAGAGAUUGUGAGACUUUACGGGCACGGAUAACGCACCUGGAAAAUGCCGUAGAGGUCAAAAGAAUUCUUCUCAAUAGCACCCGAGACCUCUUCGAUAAACUUUCGGUUAUGUCCGACAUACAUUAUCAGAACAAUCAUCUAAAUGCACAGCGAACUGAGCAAGCCAAUAUUCAAUCUCUGUUUGUGAUCGGAAAAGUUGAGCUAGUGCUGUUGGAUGUUGCUGAUCAGGCAUGGUCGAAUCUCAUAUAA